AUGGAUCCUAAACUUUGGUUGCUUGUAGAAUAUGUCGAAGAUAAAAGUGCGUUUUCUAAUUAUGGCGUUAUUAAUACUAAUAAUAUCAUCCAACACGAUACCGAUCUUAACAAUGGGAAUAUUAUUUUCGUCAGAGAUAAAAACAACGGAGCACGCAAGGCCCAAGUACUUAGGAUAUCUGAAAGCAAACGAUACGUAAAGGAUCUCAAAAUAAUGUUGGAGAGACAAGACAAUCAAGUGAAGAAUGUCGUUACUUUGUGCAUGAAUACCAUCAAAGAAAUGAAGACUGGCCAACUGUUAUUAGACCCUCAGGAAGGACGAUCCUUGAAUGCCUUAAAUAGAACUUGCAAGCUUCCAGAAGAAGUUGAAACGAGUUCAAGUGAUAGCGAUAGUGAUGAAGAGAUCCAUCACAAUCUUAAUCUUACUAAAUCCAUGACAAAACACCACUAUCAAUCUAAAAGACCAGAUUCGAUGCCCAGUGGACAAAUAAGUCGACUUUUAAAUGACAAGACUAUUUUCCAUAGUCGCAAGCCGUUAAAAAGCAGCACUCCUUUACCGGAAAAACCUUUUAAUGAUGCUAUUAAACUUACUUUCGACCAAGGAACGCAAACAGACCCAGAACAACAUCCAAGCGAGAAGAUAGAAGAAUUACAAGUAGUCUUAGAACGUCUCUACGGACAAUUCCUUGCAUUGAUUGCUGAAGUUGAACUGAAAGAAAACCAAAGCGCAAUAGAAGCGGCCGAGAAUAAUUUUUCAGAACCGAAUGUAAUGCAAGACUUUGUUAAUACUGACACUCAGUAUUUAACUAAUGCUGAUAUUGAAUUAGACCAAAAUCAAGCAAAAGUACUUCAAGUUCGUAGAGCAUCCGCUCAAACAACAAACGCUGGUUUGUCAAUGGUUGACUAUAAUACAGACAUGGUGUCCAUUGGAAGCGGAAAUGUUACUGUGCCAGCAAGGUUAUGGGCUACUAUGGAUUGGACGUCUCAUACCUCCGCGACGCGACAACUGCUGCAGGCUGUCUUUCCUAGGAGAGUUUUAGCUACCCAUUCUCUUACGGGUAAACAGUCACCAGCUUUUGUUGACAGACCACCAAAACAGCGAUUAGAUCCAAAACUCGUUGACGACAUCGUGACCACGGUAUCAGAAAGAUGUAAUGUCCCAAAAAGAAUUGUAAGAAGUUCUAUAACAACCAAAUGUACUGAUGAAGCGAAGCUAUACAAAAAUCGCUUGCAACAAAGGAAACGUGAUCAACGUAAUCCGGAAAAUGUAUCCCCGCAGGCGUCUUCUAACGAGUCGUCUAAUGCAAGAGAUUAA